AUGGGUGAAGAGUUUCAGGACAGCGUGAUGUUUCUGACACCAUUGAAUGCUCGAACUGACCAUGCACACAGCGAGCCAGAUGUGGUGCAGUGCUCAGCCCAGCCUGAACGUGGCAAGACAACCAAGAGCAAGUCCAUGGACAAGUAUCCAGAAGAGACUGACACCGAAACGUCACAACGAAGACUGAGUCAUGGUGAUGACCCUUUGUGGCUGAGCAAGUUUGUAGAGCUGAGCUUUUUGCUGGGACGAGCAGUGAAGCAUGAAGGGAGGAUGAUCCUCAUGACGGAGGUGGCUCCCCAGCAUACCAGCAUCCGAGGAGAUGAAAAGAGUGGUUGGAGGAUGCCAGUGGAACUCUUCAGCUCCAAGAAACAAGAAGCAAACAUCAAACACAAGUCCAACCGUCUGCGGUCCUAUUACAAGGCUCAGGAUGAACUGAUCACAGCUUUCGAGAACAUUGCCCUGGACGUGCAGACUGACAUCCAACCUUUUAACCCUGGAUCCAGUUACAAACGGGCAUCUUUGUUUUCCAAAAUCACACUGUUCAUUAACAUUCUCCUGUUGAUAGCCAAGGCUGUCGCCAGUGCUCUGUCAGGAUCUAUUUCUAUCAUCUCUAGUUUGGUAGACUCUUGUUUAGAUCUGUUCAGUGGUAUUAUCAUGUGGUGGGCGACCAGAGCUGUUAAAAAUAGAGAUCCGUACAACUACCCACAAGGCCGCACCAAACUAGAGCCCGUUGCCGUGAUUAUUUUGUCUGUGGUUAUGGCUCUAUGUUCUCUACAGCUGAUCCGAGAAUCCGUAGAGAAGAUCAUCCACCUGGCCAGCGAUGGGGCGUCCCUGCCGAAUGUUGAUGUAGUUACGUUUUUGAUAUCUGGGAGCACAGUUGUGAUCAAACUGGUUCUGUGGCUGGUCUGUAGAAGGGUCAACUCUGCCAUCGUCCAGGCUCUGGCCCAGGAUCACAGGAAUGAUGUCCUGUCCAACACGGUAGCCAUCAUCUGCGGCUACCUCGGCUCCCAGAACUUCAUGUCUGUCACCGGAGAAUAUGGUUUUGCAUUUGUUGAUCCCGUGGGCGCCAUCAUUAUCAGUAUCUAUAUCAUGUUCAACUGGUGGCAAACAGGAUCUGAACAGAUCAAAAUGUUAACAGGACACACAGCCAGACCCGAUUUACUCAGCAAACUUACCUGGGUGUGUGUCAAUCAUCAUCCGGAGAUCCGGCACAUCGACACUGUCCGGGCAUUUCAUUUUGGAAGCAAUUUUCUGGUAGAGGUGGACAUUGUCCUGCCAGGAGACAUGAUCUUACGGGAAGCUCAUGAUAUCGGGGAAAGCCUGCAGCAUCGACUGGAGAGUUUGCCUGAAGUUGAACGGGCAUUUGUUCAUCUAGAUUUUGAAUUUACCCACAAUCCUCACUCCGAGCAUAAAAUAGUGUAA